AUGAAAAAAUCAGAAGUCAAAUAGCAUCAAAAAUUUGCUUAAUUUCAUUAACUCUUAGAAAUUGAUAGUGUUAAAGAUCAGAUGUUGGUGUCCUAUUAAUAAGACUUCUAAUAAUUGAAAAACUUUUAUGCGAACAUUGACUUUAAUUACCUCCAGUGGCUGAACGAUGUCUAUAAGACCAACUUUGAACCAAUAUAUAACACUGAGGAAAUUUUAAGGAAUGUAAAAAAUGGGUUGAGAAGCGGAGAAGACACCUUAAAAUAGAAUAUACGGAAGAAUCUCAUCUAAUUAUUAUAUCUCUAGAGACCAGUGCCAGCUAUUUUCGUAUUUCUUAAGAUCUCCUCAAUGUCAUUCGAAAUCGUUUAUAAGGAGGACUUCUUGGUAAUCCUAGAUACCAUGUUAUAAAAAGCCAAUUUGGAUUAAAAGUCUGAGCUCUAUCAAAAGAUGUACGAUAGUUUGAUAGAAACCACUGAUGAAGAAAUCAUAUUGCAGACUAUAAAGCUCUUAAAUAAGAAAUUUGAACUAGCCAGCCAAUUGAAUCAGAAACAAUUCGAAGUCUUUGAUAAGAUAUCAAGCCAAUUCAAUAAAAUUGAUUUCUCGGAAUCCAAAGAAGUUAUAAUCUAAAUUGUCAAAAAUUUUCAGGAAUUCCAAGAAAAACUCAAAAACAAGAGGUAAAGUUUGGAUCAAGUGAAAUCUGAAAAAUUCCCUUAAUUUGUGCUCAAGGUUGUUUUGAUGUUACUUAAGGAAUAAUAAAUCGUUGUUCCUGAACUCCUAUUGUUCUUAUGCUUCAAAGAAACUCACGAGAAAAAAAAAUCAAUUGCAAUAAAAGCAUAAGUGAAGGAAAUCUUAAAGAUGUUUGCAAUUCCUCGUUUGAAACCAUGUCUGGAUCACUUAAAAAUUGAGGACAGCAUAUUCACCAAAGGAGCCAUUGGGUAUGAUUAAUUGUAUUCAUUGUGCUAAAGAGAAUACCCAGUAUUCCUCAAUCUAAAACUUAAUGGAGCCCUCAUAUCAUACAUCGAAUAUCUACAUUAAGUAACUCAUAUAAACACUUAGCAAUUUUUAAAUGUAUUUGAGAAUCCAGAAUUCAACGAUUUCUUAGAAUAAAUUUGGAAUACUUGUGGGAAAGAGAUCUAACAAUUGUUAUAGAAUAUCUUAAUCGAAGAUUUGGAAUAUGCAAAAUACGGUUCAAACAUUUUGAGAAUUGGAACAUUUUUGUAUCGAAUCAAAUUCAAAUUGGAGAAAAAGAAGAUGAACAUAAUGGAGAAGGGGUAUGAUGUGGAUGAGCAAUCAUUAGAAAGACGCACAUAUGGAGUAACGGAAAGGAGUAUGAAUCCCUUAUUCAAGACAUUUGUGACCGACUUGGUUCAUAGGAAAAAGCCAUUCCCAUUAUUGCUCAAAACAUUGAAAAUGGAUCUCUAUAAUUUGAAGGUUGGAUAUAGAAUUACUGAGAUGAGGGAAUUGGUGGUGGAUCCCAAAUUCAAAAAACACAUGAAGGAAAAACAUGGGGUUGUUUGGAAUAGGGAAGAUCCCGAUGAGAAUCUAGAUCACAUUAUUGCGAGACAAUACCCUAUUAAGGUGAGUAACAAUGGUAAGAAAUAUGAACUUAAUUGGCCUAGAUUAAUCAAGAAAUAGGCUAAACUUAUUUAUGAUAGCAGAGAAUAAUUGAAGGCUUAAUUAUUGGAUGUUUAUGCGAAUUAGAAUUUCAUUAAGGUAUACAAUGAAUUGAUAAAAUUAAAUGAUAAUAACAAAAAAAAAAUGCAAACAAAAGAAAUCUUAAUGAACUUGGUUGCAUACAUUAAAUCUAUAAAAGAAGAAUGA